GCUAUUAAAUAUGUCCAAGGAUCUAUGGGGGUUGAAAGAUGUUGCUUGACAUUGUUUUUUCAUAUACCUACACAAUAAAAUUAACUUUAAUUUAGUUAAUUUAAUAAUUUUUUUACAAUUUUUUUGAAAAAUGAAAGAAGAAAAGAGCCAAUGGACUGUGACGCAGUGUAAAAAAACCUUUAAUCAAGUGCGCAUUAUCAUUUAUCAUUCAUCAAUAAAGGAGUCUAUGCUAGAAACACUAGUAACUAGUUUACUAUUUCUAGUCUCAAAUUGCGCAAAAACAAAAGUCAUCUAUAGCAGCCAUUUUGUGUAUUGCAAAAAAAGAAAAACAUACGCAAUUGUCAAGUUCUCUCUCUUUCUCUCUCUCUUUUUUUCCCUUUAAAUGACAGGUGGUGACGUUGUGGGGGUACUGUAAAAAAAAACAAACAAAGUUGUGACAGAGAGAAACUGAGUGCAACCGAGUACAAGUACUCAGAAUAUUCGUGGAUAUUCGUGUGAGCAAGUAAAACACGUCACAUUAUUUCAAUUAUAUUAUUAUUUAUUAUUGAUAACUUAUUGUGAUAAGCUUGGAUUAUAUGAGUGUUGGUAGUGUCAAAUAAAUAUACUGAUAAACAAUUUUAUUAUAACAUUAAUAAAAAAUAGUGUAUAAUAAAUUGGAAAGAAAAAUAAAUAAAAUUUUUCAUAUGCCAUGUUCGUCUUCGAAACAAAUUAAAAAAAUGCAUACGUUAAAUUUUUUUGGACUGUCUAAUAAUUUAAGAAAAGCAUUAUUGUACAAUCGGUCCACAUUUGCUGACCGUGAAUGCGGUGGAUUUUUAUUUUUGUGGUGUAGAGGAAAAAUUGGCAGAUCUAUAUGGGGCAAUGCGUAUCAUCUAAGGCGAGUGCCGUCUUCGCAAAAUCGUCAAAUAAAUCUUAUAAAAUUAUGGAUAAACCCUUAAAAAUACAGAAUGAUAGCAAAGGAACAUCAAAAAGAGGUGCGCCAUCAACUCGUGGUACAUCAAUAUCAUUUGGUUUUCGUCGACGUUCAAGAGGUGAUGCUAAUCAAUUAACAUUAACAACAAAUAAUAACGAUAUAUUACCACCACGUUCAAAAUCAGUUGGACCAGAACAAAUACGUCGUCGUAUUAUUGAUGAAGAUGAAAGACAUCAACGUGUACAAAGUGCAUCAUCUGGACGUUCAACACCAAAAUUAUCAAGACCUAAAAAAGAAUUAACAAGUGGUAAUACACCUGUUAGAACAAAUAGAUUUGGUUUUCGUCAAUCAACAUCACGUUUUACUGAUAAAGUUACUGAUAUUAAUACAAAUCAAAAUACAAAUAAUAAUAAUUUUAAUAAAGAUGAAAUAAUUGAUGAAAGAUUAUCAAGACCAAUGACAAGAAUAAAUCAAAUAAAUACAAAAACUAAUAAUAAUCAUAGUGCAUAUAAUAAUAAUAGCAGCCAAGGUAUGACUAUUGUUGAUGGAGCAAUACGUCGUUCAUCUGGUAUACCAGAACCAGUAUCAAAAUAUACAUUACAAUCAAGUAAUUUACCACAGCCACAAUAUGCUGUUAGAAUUAAUGAUACAAAUUCAAAAAUAAAUAAAACAGCAUUUAAUCAAAGUCGUAAAGUAUCAACAAUAUCAAAAUCUUCAAAUGGUUCACAAUCUGGUUCUGGUACUGAAGAUUCUGGUAUUGGUAGUCAACAAGGUUAUUCAUUUAUUGAUAAUGAAAUAAAUAGAAAUAAUAUUGUUCGUCUUGAUUCAUCACCAAGAAGAUCAACAAGUAGACCAAGAAAUUUAAAAAUGAUUGUUAAUGGUAAAAAUUUUGAUGUACGUGAUUGUGAUUUACAUGAUGGUGAUAGUACAGUUACUGAAAUAUCAGUAAUACCAUUACCAAAAACAAUGUCAUCAUCAUCAAAUGUUAAUUUAAAUACAGGUUUAAUACGUGAACGUACAAAUCAAUAUCAACGUAAUGUUAAUAAAGAUAAUAGAUAUGCUGAAUCAAUAACAAGUAUGACAUCAAUGUCAACAAUGUCAACAACAUCAUCAGAAGGUUAUGAUGAAGGUUUAGGUGAAGAAAAAGUAUAUAAAGAUCGUUCACGUAGUGAAAAAAAAUUAACAACAAUUAAAAAUGAUUUUAGUCCAUCAAGUUCUGCUGAUGAUCAAGAAGAAUAUGGUCAUGGUGAAGCUAUGGCUGAUGAAUAUUCAUUUAGUUCAAUUGAUGAAUGUCGUAUUAAUAAUAAUUUAAAAAAAUUUAAUAUUAUUAAAAAUAAAAAUAAAAAUAAUAAUAUUAAUAAUGAUGAUGAAAGUUGUGUAUUAUUAACAAUUGAAGAUCCAGAAUUUGCAAUUGCUGCUGCUGCUGCUGCAAUAUCAACAACAAUGAUUGAUGAUGAAACAUCACCAGCUGAUAGUCUUGUUGAUAGUUUAACAACAAGUUUAUCACAAACAGAUGUUAAAAUUGGUAUUAAAAAAGAACAAGAUAUUAUUGAAAAAAUUGAUAAUAUUAUUGUUAAUGAUGAUUCACCUGGUACACCAACAAAUGCAUCAAAUUCAUUGAGUUUAUCAGAGGGACGUGAAUAUUUUGAUGAUGAAAUUGCUGAUCAACCUGGUUUAAUAUUUAAUGAUACAGCAAGAAGUCAUAAAGGACAAUUUUCACAAGUUAGCCAAGAAAAUGAACAAACACUUAAUGAAACAUUUUCUAAACAACAUUUACUUCAAGAUAAUAGUAUUGAAAAUAGUCCAAUUAAUUGUCGAAGAGUUAAUCGAAUGGAAAGUGUUGGUACAUUGUCACCAUGUGAAUCAAUUACCUCGGAUGAUUUAAUGCUUGAUUAUGAACAGAGUGAAGCAAAUUCUUACAAUGGAACUAGUCGCAGAUUGGAUUCAAAUCCAGCUAUUCAUGCACUAGAUGAUUCUACAAUAUUAUCAGAGUUAGAGGCACAAAGUGAACAAGUCAUGAGAGAAUGGUCAUCAUUACUUGGUACACAACAACCAAAUACAAAUUUAACAAAUAACAAUUUUAAUUCUGUUAAUAAUGUUCCUGCAAAUGAAUCAGGAAUAAAUAGUGCAAGAACUUCAAGAUUAUUGAGAAACAGAUCAUCAACUGAUUCACCUCAAUCACUGGAUAAUGUACGAACAAAACAAGUUCCAAGUCCAUUUAGACAAGUUCUUAAUGGCAAUAGACAAUCUCCAAGUCUUGAUUCUGGAGAUGAAGGAAGUCCAAGACUUGAAAGAGUUAAUUAUCAUCAAGAUAUUGUGUCCAUUAAAACUGGUCUUUUAAAACUCAUGCGAGUCGUUCAGGAGGCAGAAACUCUCAACCCAUUCAGUAACUCGUCUGUGAAUGGAUUUUUUCAAAACCUGAACGAUGAUGAUACAACAGAUGCAAAUAUACAUUUAUCAAAUGGAAAUGUUAAUAUAGCAGAUAAAAUGACAGAUUUACGUAGACAAGUUAUAUUUCUUCAAGGACAACUUGAUGAUAAAGAUAGAACAAUACAUCAAUUACAAAUGCAAGUUGCAAAACAACAAGAAUUAUUUAACAGCACUGAUUCACAAAGCUGUGAAUUAAAUAGUACAAAAAUAUCAAAAGAAACUUGUAAUGCAGCAACACAAACUGAAAAAAUACGUCCAGUUUCAGCAGGUCCAUCACUACUUCAAUCAAUUCCUUCGGAUAGUAGCAUGGGUCCCCUUGUUAGUUGGAAACCUUCGAUAGUAUUGGAUCCAUGGAAUCGUUCGACACUAAUGUAUCAACGUCCAACAUCCCUUGCAGAGUUGAACAACAAAAGUUCAAGAAAAAUUCAUGUACCAGUAGCAAGCCCUAAAUUACGACAAGAAAAUGGAACAAUUAAAAUUAAUGGAGAUACUGAUAAAACAUUUGAAAUACGUAGAUUUAAUAAAACACAAGAUACAAAAAAAGCUAAAAAUGACACAACAGAUGAAUUAAAAGAUGGAAAAAUUGAUGAUACACAAAAAUGUACACAAAAAAUAACAACAUUAAAAAAAAUAAAUUCACAAACAUUUAUUCCACGUGUUACAAGAUCAUCUGAUGUUUCUCCUGCUGUUGUUGGUCAAGUUACGCCAAAUACACGAUAAUUUAUAAAAAUAAUUAUUUUUAAUUAUUAUUUAUUUUUUAUUUUGUACUUAUUGGAUUGUACAGUUUUUUUGACUUCUAAAUUUCUUAUGUUAAUUAUCGUGUAAAUAUUUGAUAAUUUUAAUUUAAAAAAUUAUGCUUUUAAUUGAAUUUAAAAGAUAAAUUUUAAUUUUCUUUUUUAUUCAAAUAUUAGCUUAUUUUUUGUUAUUCAGUAUUCAAAAAUUUAUAUUUCGAUUUUUUUUUUUUUAACUCAGGUUUACAUUAACACAUUGUCAUAGAAUGUCUAGAUAACUGUAAAUAUUUUUCGUUUUUUUUUUUUUUUGAAUAAUUAAGAUGAAUAAUUUAAUGUAAUUAUUAUAAUUUGUUUUUUUUUUUUACGAAAUUGCAUUAAUUUUCAUUUAAAAAUGCAAAGAAAAAAAAAAAAAAAAAUUAGGUCUUGGUAAAUGAAACUUGUUGAUUUUUUAAUUUGAUUUAUUUUUCAAUUAAAAGUGCAAUUGCAAUUGGCUGAAGAAAAAUUAUAUCAUGGCCUAGAAAUUAAUUUACAAUUCGAACAAAAAUUUUUUUUUUUUUUUAAAUUUAAAAAAACAAUAUACUUUUGUUUAUAUUUAAAAAAUUAAUAAUCAUGAUUAAGUUACUCUGAUAAAUUUAUGCAAAUUUUGUGAUAGUAACUUUUAUUUAAUUUAAAAUUUUUUAUUUUAAGUUUAUUUAAAAUAGCCGUACACAUUUUUAUUAUAAUAGAAUAUAAUUGUCAUGGGUUUUUACUAUGUUGUUACUUAAUUAUGUAUUGUCUCAAUGAUUUUAUUUGUUGAAAUUACAAAAGAAGAAAAAAAAAAAAAAAAUGUAAAUCAUUAUCAUCGUAAUUUGAAAUGUUUUAUUUAUUAUUGAUCCUAUCGUAAAAAAAAACAUACUGUAGAUGAAAUUUUUACACUACACAAUUAUUAAUAAUGUCAUUUAUCCUCGAAUUUUUUCAAGUAUAGAGUUUGGAGAUUAGGUUUUAAUUAAUUACCUCGGAAGAGAGACUGAAUCCUCAUCAGAAUUUUUUUAAUG